AUGGUGACUGUUAAUCGAAAUGGUUUCACUCUGCUCGGAAACGGCGUGGCAAAAAACGAGCCGCCACGAUGGAAGUUGGUCGAAAUGGCUCCCCCGUACCCAAGAGUUCUGCUGACGCGCCCAAGCAUCAUCUUCAUCCAUGGUCUUCGGGGCCAUCCAAAGAAUACGUGGGGCCGAGGCUCUGACGAAGGCCGGGAUACCGAACGAGAUCCUCCUCCCAAAUCUACAUCGAGACUCAAAACUUUCUUCAAGCGCGACAAGUCCCGACUCCGAUCCGAUAGAUCCAGUUCUGGCCAAAGCAACCCACAGCCCCGUCCCUUCUGGCCACACGAGUUCAUACCCCACGAUAUCCCCGAAGCCAUAGUAUGGACGUACGGAUACAAUUCGGAAGUAAUAAGUGGUCUUUUUAUGCCAAAUAAUGAAAAUAGCGUAUUCCAGCACGGCCGUGAUCUUGCUGGGCGGUUUGAGCGGGAAAUAAACAACGAGCAUCCAGUUAUUUUUGUUGCACACAGCCUUGGGGGCAUCAUUCUCAAAGAGGCCAUACGAAAGUCGCAAGUAUGCCGAUCAAGAACCAAGCUCAUCGUCUUUCUCGGCACUCCUCAUCGUGGGAGUCGCGCUGCUGGCUGGGGAGUGACCGCAGCCAAGCUGGCGCGCCUUGCCUUUUCUCCGAACAUAACGCUCGUGGAGUCCCUCGACGUAAACAGCCUUGCACUUGAUACGAUACAUGAUGAAUUCAUAAACAUUGUGCAUGAUUCACAACUACAAAUUCACUCUUUCCAGGAAGGGCGGCCCAUGUCGACAAUUCCAGGACAUGUUGAGAAGAUUGUUGACGAUUUCUCAUCAAGGCUUGGCCUGCCCCAUGCUUUCGAGAAGGUUGAGACGCUCGAUGCUGACCAUAAGCAAAUGGUCAAGUGCACAGACAGGGAAGAUGACCGCUAUCGAAUUAUUCGUGCUGUUAUACAGCAUUUCAUCCACCGUCCACCGGUAGAGGCAAGCUCGGCUACAAGAAUCACCAACAUGACAGCCUCGCUCUCUUUAGAAGCCAGAGCACCUCACUUAGACGCCAUAAAAACAGACCGGGUGUUCUUUUGCAUUCCGUUCAUGUUGAACCCCCGCUUUGUAGGACGGGACGACAUUCUAUCUAAGAUCUCGACAACCCUAUUCACCAACAACGGAUACAACAGGCUUGCCCUGGUUGGCUUGGGGGGCAUCGGUAAAUCGCAGAUCGCCAUCCAGUUUGCGUUCUGGGUCGAAGAGAACAAGCCCGAAGUUUCGGUCUUUUGGCUUUCGGCGCUGAGCAAAGCCAGCUUUGAGCAAUCUUGCCGGGAAAUCAUGACACAAUGCGACAUUCGUCAAUCUUCUGCGACUGAUGAUGCCACGGCAUUAAUGCAGCAAUACCUAAGCUCCAAAGCUUCUGGGAAAUGGGUUCUUAUUCUGGACAACGUAGACGAUGCGCAAAUUCUUGGACGACCGAUACAUCACUUCCUCCCCAAAAGCAGGGAUGGAUUGAUGCUUUUUACGACACGGUCUCAAGAGAUCGCCAGUGAUCUUGCUACCAGCGAGGUCAUCAGAAUUCCCGAGAUGUCCCCCGUGGAGGCGAAAAGAUACCUGGAAAGGUUGCUUAUUCAGAAGGACUUAAUUGAAGAUGAAGCUGCCACGGGAGCCCUAUUACGAACACUCACUCAUUUGCCUUUGGCAAUUACUCAAGCUGCAACAUACAUCAACAGAAAUAGUGUUUCAAUUGCCCAAUACCUUGACUUACUCGACCAAGCCGAUGGGAAUAUGGUUGAGCUUCUCAGCAGUGAGUUUCCAGAUGAAACAAGAUACCCUGAAAGCGCAAAUGCCGUGGUUUCGUCCUGGCUCGUGUCUUUCAAUCAAAUUAGCGAGAUAGACCCAGUUGCAACCAGAUUUCUCUUGUUCCUAGCCUGGAUCGAGCCAAAGGCAAUCCCUAAAUCCAUAUUUCCAGAAGAGUCUGAGAUCCAGCUAUGCCGAGCAAUUGGGACACUUCUAGGAUAUGGGUUCUUGUCGCAACGAAAGGAUAAUGAUAUAUUUGAUAUGCACAGCCUCGUUCACUUGGUGACUCGGACGUGGAAUAGCAACCGUGGGGUAGAUGUGUGUCCUUUGAGAGAAGCCAUGUCUCAACUCAUUAUGGUCUUCCCAAAUGUCAACUGGGAGAAUCGCGAGAUAUGGAGACAAUAUCUUCCUCAUUCAUUGCGGGCUCUGCAAAAUGCUGCUACGCUCGACCAUGAAGGGUCCUGUUUGGGGCAUUUAGUUGGAAUGUCCCUUAAUAUAGAUAGGCGCGAUCAGGAAGCAACUGAAGUGCUUGAGAGUGUGUUACAAUUCCGGAAUGAAGCUCUUGCAGAGGACCACCCAGACCGCCUAGCAUCACAGCAUGCACUCGCAACUGCUUAUCGAGAUAACGGGCAGGUGAAAGAGGCAAUUAGCCUACUAGAGAAGGUGGUUUUUAUUGAAUCAAGUCUUCUUACAGAGGACCACCCGGACCGCCUAGCAUUACAGUAUGCACUCACAACUGCUUAUCGAGAUAACAGGCAGGUAAAAGAGGCAGUUAGCCUACUAGAGAAGGUGGUUUUUAUUAAAUCAAGUCUUCUUACAGAGAACUACCCGGACCGCCUAGUAUUACAGUAUACACUUGCAACUGCUUAUCGAGAUAACGGGCAGGUGAAAGAGACAGUUAGCCUACUAGAGAAGGUGGUUUUUAUUAAAUUAAGUCUUCUUACAGAGGACUACCCGGACCGCCUAGUAUUACAGCAUACACUCACAACUGCUUAUCGAGAUAACAGGCAGGUAAAAGAGGCAGUUAGCCUACUAGAGAAGGUGGUUUUUAUUGAAUUAAGUCUUCUUACAGAGGACUACCCGGACCGCCUAUUAUCACAGUAUAAACUCGCAACUGCUUAUCGAUAUAACGGGCAGGUACAAGAGGCAAUCAGUCUACUAGAGAAUAUAGUCUUAAUCAGGUCAGAUCUUACAGAGGACUACCCGGACUGCCUAGUAUUACAGUAUACACUUGCAACUGCUUAUCGAGAUAACAGGCAGGUAAAAGAGGCAAUUAGCCUACUAGAGAAGGUGGUUUUUAUUGAAUUAAGUCUUCUUACAGAGGACUACCCGGACCGCCUAGCAUUACAGUAUGUACUCGUAAGUACUUAUCGAGAUAAUGGGCAGGUACAAGAGGCAAUCAGUCUACUAGAGAAUAUGGUCUUAAUCAGGUCAGAUCUUACAGAGGACCACCCGGACCGCCUAGCAUUACAGUAUGCACUCGCAACUGCUUAUCGAGACAACGGGCAGGUGAAAGAGGCAGUUAGCCUACUAGAGAAGGUGGUUUUUAUUAAAUCAAGUCUUCUUACAGAGGACUACCCGGACCGCCUAGUAUUACAGUAUACACUUGCAACUGCUUAUCGAGAUAACGGGCAGGUAAAAGAGGCAGUUAGCCUACUAGAGAAGGUGGUUUUUAUUGAAUCAAGUCUUCUUACAGAGGACCACCCGGACCGCCUAUUAUUACAGUAUAAACUCGUAACUGCUUAUCGAUAUAACGGGCAGGUACAAGAGGCAAUCAGUCUACUAGAGAAUGUGGUCUUAAUCAGGUCAGAUCUUACAGAGGACCACCCGGACCGCCUACAUGCACUUACAACUGCUUAUCGAGAUAACAGGCAGGUAAAAGAGGCAAUUAGCCUACUAGAGAAGGUGGUUUUUAUUGAAUCAAGUCUUCUUACAGAGGACCACCCGGACCGCCUAGUAUCACAGCAUACACUCGCAAGUACUUAUCGAGACAACGGGCAGGUACAAGAGGCAAUCAGUCUACUAGAGAAUGUGGUCUUAAUCAGGUCAGAUCUUACAGAGGAUCACCCAAGCCGCCUGGUAUCACAGCAUGAACUCGCAGGUGCUUACCAAGAUAACGGGCAGGUACAAGAGGCAAUCAGUCUACUAGAGAAUGUGGUCUUAAUCAGGUCAGAUCUUGCAGAGGACCACCCGGACCGCCUAGCAUCACAGCAUGAACUCGCACUUGCUUAUGAAGAUGAUGGGCAGAUCAGAAAAGCGAUCAAGCUCCAGGAGCAAGUGGUCUCCAUAAAGCAGAGGACACUUCCAGAGGACCACCCAAGCCGACUCGUUUCGGAAGGAAAUCUAAAAUCUUUUCAUCAAGGUUAUCGCCGAUAA